AGCUGGAGAGGGUCAGAAUGCUUUAUUAGUGUAGUGCCCUCUAGCUGUGAUUUAAGGAAUUCGGUACCCAAAAUACUAACCAGUAUUGAUUAGUGUUUGAGAGGAAAUUAUAUUUGUGGCAUUGUUUAUGUACUUCUCUGACUGCUGCAAAUUUUCAUAAUUUUGUUACGGAAGGAAUUUAUUAAAUAGAAAGCAGAUGUCAAAGCAUUGAACAGGGCAUUUGGUCUUUAAUUGGCAUCAAAGCUUCCUGACUAAAUUCAUGAACUGUGUCCCCAAGGAUUUUGCUAAUUGUGGGCAGCUCAGGCAGGCAAUUUCAUGAUCCCUAAGGGCUUAUGGUUGCUGAAAAUGACACUUACAUUGGCAACAUAGCAUCAGGCAAGUAGGAACUUGUUUGCAUUAUUUGAUUUUUUUUCUGACCAUGAAUUAUCCAGAUCGAUGUCUACAAAUCAUGUUUCCCAAGCUGUUGUCAAAAUCCGCUUAUCACUCAGUGUGUAAUUUAAACUCUAUUUUCUUCACCAUUACCUUUUGGAAGUGCUUCUAAAAUUUUCCACAGAACUCAAAACUGAGGUAAUUGUGAAAGAACCAGUCAUAAGAGUAUACAGGCAUAGUAUUAAAGGCAUUUUAUUAUUAUUAAAUUACUGUUUAUUAGUAAAGGUUGUGCUUUCAAAAGCAUCAGACAAUGUUUCCCUUCAAAAUGCAUUUUGUCCUUAAUAAAGGAAUACUUUUAUUUAACUUCCCUUGCUAAAAUUUAAGCAGAUUAGCCAGGAGAUUUUAAAUUAGCCUUGGCUGCAUUUUCCAUUCCCCCCAGGUCAACUAUAUCCCAAGAAUAGAGAAAAUGGGACAGUGGGUUUUUGACUUGACCUUAGAGCAUAAAACUAAGAUGUCACCUAAUGACAGGCUUCAUUUGAAAUAGAGAGCCAUACAUUCCAUACUUUACCGAGGUCCCAUAGUUUUAUGGACUCUGGAACAAUCACAGUGAUGCUUGAUUGUAAAUGUGUACUGUUCUCCUGGUGAAGAAGAUUGGGGACUAGGAGUGGUGGUGGCGGCAAUUUAUAUGUAUAAGAACAAAGAAGUUCAUUUUAUAGUAAAGUAUUUUUGUCCUGUUGGUGGUGGUGGUAGUGUUAACACUUCUCAUUAAAACGUUUUCUUUCUGUUGCCUGAUCUCAUAUGAAGGGUUGAUGUUCAUUGGAAGAAUUUUGAACCCUGUGUAAUUGACUUUGUCUUGUUGCAUUGUUUUCUAGCAUCCUCCUGGACAAAUAGCAAGGAAAUACAGUUCGUGCUCCACUAUUUUCCUUGAUGAUAGCACAGUCAGUCAACCAAACCUCAAGUAUACAAUUAAAUGUGUAGCUCUUGCAAUAUAUUAUCACAUCAAAAACAGGGACCCAGAUGGAAGGAUGCUGUUAGAUAUUUUUGAUGAAAACCUUCACCCUCUUUCGAAAUCUGAAGUGCCACCAGACUAUGACAAACACAACCCAGAGCAGAAGCAGAUUUACCGAUUUGUUUGGACACUGUUCAGUGCUGCUCAGCUGACUGCUGAAUGUGCCAUUGUCACCCUGCUGCCAGAAGCUGAGCAGCCUCCUCUGCCACGUGCUCCUACUGCCACCAUGUUCUGCUUUGCUACAGCAAUGGAGUCAGCCAACCAUGGGCCAAGCCUCUGCCACUGUGAGCCAAAAGGAAGUCAGCACCCACUGAAGUUGGUGCAGCAGGCCAGGAAAAUGAAGAAAAUGCCAUGAUAACGAGCUAAAUUUUGAGUACAAAAGGACUUCUGGAGUCUGGAGGUAUUCAAAUUUUCCUGAGAGGAAACAGCAGUCCUGAAGAGAAGCUCCAAAACAGACUCCUGCCUCUGAGAUUCUGAAUAGUGUAGCUGGCUUAACAACAUCCAUGGGUAUGCUUUGAGAAGUACUGCAGGAUGUAUAAUGGCUGGUCAGAUGAAGAUGCAACCAAAGGCCCAAGGUGUGCCCAUGUACCUUUGGAGAAGGCCCGAUAGCACCAUAUGUUUCUUGCUUAUGUACACCAAGAUAAAAUUAGUUGAGUUGAGAUGUGUACCACACCCUUCAAGCCAAAGUUUGGGCUUUGUUUGUGACUGCAGCAUUUCUAACUUAACAAAAAAUCUUAGCCUUCUGCUUUUUAUGCUCAUACUUCUUUCAUGUGUUACUUUUACCCUAGAGAAUCAAUUCUGUCACAAGGCAUGAUUUACUUUUUAGCUCCCAUUUUUUCAGUUUGAUUGAGUUUUGGGCACCCUGAAGCAUAUACCAGUGCCCAUACUUCUCAUCCUGCUGGUCAGUCAGUGGGUGCCCACUAAUUUCCAUCUCAGCAUUAGCAUUUUUGAUAUGUGAUUCCUUUUUCCCCAGAACCACAGAAACCAUCUAUGCCCAUUAUCCAUGAUCAGGAGGCCACAAGUGGUAGAGAAUUAACAAACCCUGGGAGCAGCCUCAACUGUGACCCCAGGAGCUGGGAUAUAAAUACCUCAGCUCCUCUACCUCAUGGACACAAUAGCUGGAAGAUACGUGUUUUGCACUGGCUGUCAGAGUUCCUCAGUAAGGUUAAGCUCAAGUCACCUAGAGUGAUAGUUGGAUGGAAAAGCCACACUUCUUUGUAUCUCGUAUCUAUUUCCUUACAUUUCUUUAAAAACAAAAAGCUAUUUGCACUCAAAUCCUUGUAUCAGUGUCCUUCUGGGAGAACAUCAACUAAAUCCCAGCUCUAACAGGGGGCUCCAACUCUAUUCUCUUACCAUUUCUGUCUUUUUAAAAACCUUCUGGAAAACCACCUAGAUUCUUUUGUACUAAGGAAUAAGCAACAGGUCAGAGAUAAAAAGGAAGUUGUAUAAGUAUACCAAGAAUUUAUACUUACGAUAGAUAUUUAGUAGUCUUGUACAAUAUAAACUAAGGUUGUUGAAAUUCCAAAUCAAUGAAUUUCAAAGAAACUAAGAUGAAGGCAGCAAAGGAUCUCAGUACCUUUUAAAGAAUGAUAAUGGCUAAUCAUUUUGGACAAUUUUGUGCUGAGAUGAUGCUAAUACUGUAUAUACAUAUAAUAUUAUUUAAAUUGACUUCCAUAAUAAAACUGUGGAGUAGCUAUAAUUACUCCAUUUUUUACUGAUGAUGUAAAUUAGUUAUCUAAUUUUCCCCAAACCGGUCAGCCCAUAAAGGGCAAAAUCCAAAUUCAGAUUCUUGCUAAAGGUCCAUUCUGUUAGUCAUUGUUUUCCUCUGAAGUUUUCUUUGAAAAUCAUGGUUAAUAUAUAAUCAAUCCUGGUGCAUAUUGACAGGCUAUUGAUUGAUUUAGAUAAGCAAUUGAUUAAAUCAUAAUUAUACAAUUGCACAAUUACAUUUUUUCUUUAAAAUAUUGAGUUGGGUAUAAAUCAUGGGCUCGAUUCAGAUUUAUUCUGAUGUAAAUUUCCAUUCCUGGAAGAGACUACUCAUAACCUGUCUCUUUUAGUAUUGGUAUUUUUGCAUUAAGAGAAGCUAGAAAAAUAGGUCAAAGUUUUAUUUCUGGUAAGACAUUUUGCUGUUGGUCUAAAAGAUUAUGGCAGAUGAUUAUCUUUAAAUCACAUUGCAACUUGAGGUUCAAAUUUGUUGAUUCUGGGAAAGCUGAAAUUUAGUGCUCUUUUUUUGAGAUUAAACUAUGGUUACGAGUAAUUUGCAGAUGUGAAAAAAAAAAAAAAAGGAAAGAGAAAACAAAUUGGAUUGUUUUAUCAGGUUUCUCCAGAGUUCAAAAAUCCUAAUUCAGUGUGUACUUGGA